GGGGCCGCCCCGCCGGCUGCGCUGACAGCGGCCCGAGCCCGGCGCUCAUGGCGGGGCUGCCCGGAGCCGCGGGGACACGGAGCGGAUCCCCGGGAGCCGCCGCCGCUCCGCCCCCCCCGCGCCUCGACGAAGCGUUCCUGUGCUCCCCGCUCGGGGGGCUGAUGGGGGCCCAGGCCGUGCUCGGCCUCCUGGUGUGGGCUCUGAUUGCUGACACCACCUACCACCUCCACGCAGCGUAUGGCUGGGUGCUGUUUGUGUCCAUCUUCCUCUGGGUAAUGACGGUCGUGCUCUUUGUGAUGUACCUCCUGCAGCUCCCCAUGAAGCUCUACAUGGUCCCCUGGUCACUCCUGCUGAUGAUCUUCAAUGCAGUGGCGACAGUUCUGUACAUCGCCGCCUUCGUCACCAGCUCAGUAGCCGUGCGUCCCACCUCGUGGCGCCAGUGGGAUUACAACAGGAGAGCUGCCGCCUCCUUCUUCGCCGGCCUCGUGAUGCUCACUUAUGGGGCGACCACCUUCUUCAGCUUCCGUGCAUGGAAAGGACUGGGCGGCAGCGCAGCCCGCAGCCAGGCGGACAGCAGGGCCUGAGGCCUCGGGCAGCGGCGCUGUCCGUGGUGCUGCAGCCCCGCCGAGGCCGAAGCUCCCGGUGGCGCUACACGGUGCGCAGGGUCCGGCUGUUCCGUGGAGCAGUUGUACCGAGUGGGCUCACCCCACUGGGCACCAUCAGAACUAACACUCACUAAACCCAGCCCACGUGGCUGCCUGUGGUCACGCAGGGAUGUGGUGUAAAUAACUGCAAUUAACUCGUGUCAGCCAACAUAGAAGCUGAAGCUGUUAUCACACUGAUCUUAAAGACAAAGCCCAGUUUUAUGCUUUAAAUAAACACCUUCCUAAAUCCAA